GCCCCGCCCCCGCCGCCUCAGCGCUGCCCGGUGCCGGCCCCGCUCGGCGGCCGCGCCCCGGAGCGUCCCGCACGCUGCCUUCGCUCUGCCCUGCCCCGAGCCAAGGAAUAGAGGGGAAAAACCUGACAUUCCUGAAAAUGGCAGCUGAGACAUCCACAGAAGUUGCAAAAACAGCUAAACAAUUCGUCCUUAAGGAAGAGGUAAUCGUAGAAAGACAAUGGUUGAAGCUUGCAGAAACAACUUACACUGAUCCAUUUGGGAAAACCAGAACUUGGGAAACUGUAAAGCGUACUGGCAACAAAAAGGGAGUUACAGCUGAUGGUGUAGCAGUGAUAGCAGUGCUACAGAGAACCCUGCACUAUGACUGCAUUGUCCUGGUGAAACAGUUCAGGCCCCCAAUCAAUGGCUACUGCUUGGAAUUUCCUGCAGGCCUCAUUGAGGAGAACGAGUCAGCAGAAAAUGCUGCUCUUCGAGAGCUGAAGGAAGAAACUGGGUACAAAGGGGAAGUCAUUGAAUGUACUCCAGCUCUGUGCUUGGACCCAGGAAUGUCAAACAGCACAACACACAUCGUGAGCGUCAUCAUUAAUGGAGAUGAGGCUGAGAACACAAGACCUAAGCAAAACCUUGAUGAUGGAGAAUUUGUGGAAGUUGUUUCACUUCCAAAGAAUGACCUACUGCAAAGAAUUGAUGAACUAGCCGCAGAGGAACAUCUGGCAGUAGAUGCCAGGGUUUAUACUUACGCUUUGGCUCUGAAGCGUGCAGCAGAAAAACCGCUCCAAGUUCCUUUUAUGAAGUUCUAGAACUGGACAAUGAGGAAUUUAAUUUGAAAUUGCCCAAGUUGUAUGGCUUAGAAGUACAAGUCUUCUUGUAAUCAAGGUCCUUUGCUUUACUUGCAGCAAAAAAAAAAAAAGUGUUUGUAGUAAUGAUUCUGGUAUUUUUAUUUGGAAUUAUGUAACUGACAUAAAGCAUUUCUUUGAGCUGCUCUAUCAAGCCUUGACAGAAUAUCAAUAAUAAAAAUACUGUUUGAUUUUCAGAAUGGCUCAUUUCUAACUAGAUUCCUCUCUGCAUUUACAGUUCAGUCUAGGAAAGAUGCUUAGGUAACCAUGGUUGGUGCUGUAAGACCAAGGUUCCAAAGGAGGCAGAGGUAGAAGAGCGCAGGUCUCUCACAGCACUCAGACAACUCCUAACACCUGGAGAGGGGAGAGCUCAUGGUGGUGUGCAGCUUCUUUAUGAUGGGCAGCAGAGGGGCUGGCACUGAUUUCUUCUCUCUAGUGACCAGUGAUAGGAGCCAAGGGAACGGCCUGAAGCUGUACCAGGGACAGUUUAAGCUGGAGAUUGGG